AAUAAACCUGUUGGAAGGGUGUUUGUGAAUGUUGUCGAGUAACGCAGCUUUUGGCCGAGACUGCAGAGACGUUGAACGGCAGGAGACAGCUGAGCACCCUGGGUGGGGCCCUGAGGAAGGAGGAGGCGUCAUCUUCCAUUGCCUUGCUCUGUAAUUAAAAACCUUACCGAGUGAGUCUGGGUUUAGGAGGGUUAGAUAAUUAUGCCACCGUCAGCUUUGGAUCAACUCAGCCGCCUGAACAUCACUUACCCCAUGCUGUUCAAGCUGACCAACAAGAACUCGGACCGCAUGACGCACUGCGGGGUGCUCGAGUUCGUGGCUGACGAGGGCAUUUGUUACCUGCCACACUGGAUGAUGCAGAACUUGCUGCUGGAAGAGGGAGGCCUGGUGCAAGUGGAGAGUGUUAAUCUGCAGGUUGCAACUUACUCAAAAUUUCAGCCACAGAGUCCAGAUUUUCUUGACAUCACCAAUCCCAAAGCUGUAUUAGAAAAUGCAUUGAGAAACUUUGCCUGUCUAACGACUGGGGAUGUUAUUGCCAUCAACUACAAUGAAAAGAUCUACGAGCUGCGGGUCAUGGAGACCAAACCAGAUAAGGCCGUGUCCAUCAUCGAGUGUGACAUGAACGUGGAUUUUGAUGCUCCUUUGGGGUACAAAGAACCAGAAAGAAGUGCACAACACGAAGAGACCACAGAUGUGGAAGCUGACCACAGUGGAUACGUGAGUGACAUAGGAUUUCGAGCAUUCUCUGGUUCUGGGAACAGACUGGAUGGCAAGAAGAAAGGUGUGGAGCCUAGUCCCUCACCGAUUAAACCAGGAGACAUCCGAAGAGGAAUUCCCAACUAUGACUUCAAGAUCGGUAGAAUCACAUUCAUCAGAAACUCACGCCCACUGGUUAAGAAAGUUGAAGAGGAUGAAUCUGGAAGCCGGUUUAUUGCCUUUUCAGGAGAAGGCCAGUCCCUGCGCAAAAAGGGAAGAAAGCCCUAGGCUGUGGGACCUUCCGUUAGUUAGGAGGAAAAUAAAGUAACAGUUGCAGCAUAUUGGAUCUUAGUUAUUGCAGUUAGAGGAGAGAUCUUCUGCAACAUAGGAACCCUCUUACUGGUUCUGGUUUCAUGUUUAAAAUCGGAGCUGUCAGACUGUCUUAAUUUUCAGUUGAAAAUUGAGUCCUGAGCUUUUUGUAUGUGUUGUAAAGAGGGAACGUAGAUCUCUGAUCGACCUGAGAAGUAAAACUAACAAAGCUCUACCUUACUAAAGAUCCAGUUCUUAGACUA